AUCACUAAAAGUGCAGAGUUAGCUCUUCUUGCUCUGGGGAAUCAAAACAGGAAAGAGACAUAUGAAAUGUGGGUGGUGGUCUCAUCAAAAAUCCCCACUCUCAUAUGUCAAAGAGAAAUAUUCAGGCCACCAACCUACUCUUCUCCUCAUGGGCUGUGAUUUCCUUAAUGAUAGGUAUCUUCAUUAAGGAAUGGGUUGAAUUAGUCCCCAGAAUAAAAAAGGACAAGACUAGCCACAGUCCAUGGAUGACAUGCUGCAGCACCAUUUGGCCAGAAGACAGCCUGAAAGUGGUCAGGAUCAUGAUGGUGCUAGUCCUCUGCCUUUCCUUCUUCCUUAACUUGACCCUAGGGAUGCAGUAUGCCUACAUGAUUCCACAGAAUAAAUACAUUCACCUCAUCACUGCCCUCAUCUGCUUCCUCACAGGUGUUCUCUGUCUGCUACAGUGCAAGCAACCCACCUAUAGCUGCACUUGCCAGAAAAUUCACCCAGCUACCACACAGUGUGUAGACACACAGCUCUCUGGGCAGUCUAUCCAAGUUAUCUCACUUCCAGCGCGCACUUCAAUGCCACGGAGUAUUGUCCAUACACCCUGCCAGCAAUCAGAGGAAGAUGCUGCGAAAAAAGAACACCUCCAAAAGCGUCAUGUGACCUGGGCUCUAUAA